UGUUGUGGGUGGCCCGGUCGGUGCUAGACUGGCUAGGCUCCCCGGAUCCCCAUCUGAGCUGUGAUCCUGUCCGAGCGCGCGCUCCAGCCCAGCCCUGGCCGAGCCGUUUUCCCGCGUCUGAGUCUAGCAGCUGGAACCUGCUCCUUUUUUUUCCCAUCUUUGCUGAGUUUGAGUGGAGCCAGCACUCCCAGAGAGGACGUGAGAGAGCCAACUCCUUAACCAGCAGGUCUCCGCUCACUCUGAAAAUCCUAGCAUGCCUUCAGGGACAUCCCAGUGUGAAGAUGGCUCUGCAGGGUGCCCCCAGCACUUGGGUGUGCACUCAGAAAAGGGACAACCGGAGAAGAGCUCCUCAGGGGACAAGGAACGAGUCUGGAUCCGGCCUGAUACCCCGAGCAGAUGUACCUGGCAGCUGGGCAGGCCUAUGGCGGAUUCCCCGCAUUACCACACAGCGCUGUCCAAAUCCCCCAAAAUUUUGCCAGAUAUCCUGAGGAAAAUUGGGAACACCCCUAUGGUCAGAAUCAACAAGAUCUCAAAGAAUGCCGGACUCAAGUGUGAGCUCUUGGCCAAGUGUGAGUUCUUCAAUGCGGGUGGGAGUGUGAAGGACCGCAUCAGCCUUCGGAUGAUUGAAGACGCCGAGCGAGCUGGAACCUUGAAGCCUGGGGACACGAUCAUUGAGCCAACUUCUGGCAACACAGGGAUUGGGCUGGCUCUGGCUGCUGCUGUGAAGGGCUAUCGCUGCAUUAUCGUGAUGCCUGAGAAGAUGAGUAUGGAGAAGGUGGAUGUGCUGCGGGCUCUGGGAGCCGAGAUUGUGAGGACGCCCACCAACGCCAGAUUCGAUUCCCCGGAGUCCCACGUGGGAGUGGCAUGGCGACUGAAGAAUGAAAUCCCCAAUUCUCACAUUCUGGACCAGUACCGCAAUGCCAGCAAUCCCUUGACGCACUACGAUGACACCGCUGAGGAGAUCCUGCAGCAGUGCGAUGGGAAGCUGGACAUGCUGGUGGCUUCAGUGGGCACGGGUGGCACCAUCACAGGUAUCGCCAGGAAACUGAAGGAGAAGUGCCCUGGGUGUAAAAUCAUCGGGGUAGAUCCUGAAGGGUCCAUCCUUGCGGAGCCUGAGGAGCUGAACCAGACGGAACAAACAGCCUAUGAGGUGGAAGGGAUCGGCUAUGACUUCAUCCCGACUGUCCUGGACAGGGCGGUGGUGGAUAGGUGGUUCAAGAGCAACGAUGAAGAUUCCUUCGCCUUUGCCCGCAUGCUCAUCUCACAGGAAGGACUGCUGUGUGGUGGAAGUUCAGGCAGUGUCAUGGCUGUGGCUGUGAAGGCUGCCCAGGAGCUGCAGGAAGGACAGCGCUGUGUGGUCAUCCUGCCUGACUCUGUGCGGAACUACAUGUCCAAGUUCCUGAGUGACAAAUGGAUGCUGCAGAAGGGCUUCAUGAAGGAGGAGCUCUCAGUGAAGAGGCCCUGGUGGUGGCAUCUGCACGUUCAAGAGCUGAGCCUGUCGGCACCGCUGACCGUGUUGCCUACUGUCACCUGUGAGCACACCAUCGCCAUCCUCCGGGAGAAGGGUUUUGACCAGGCACCCGUGGUCAACGAGUCUGGGGCCAUCCUAGGGAUGGUGACUCUUGGGAACAUGCUGUCAUCCCUGCUUGCUGGGAAGGUGCGGCCAUCAGACGAAGUCUGCAAAGUCCUCUAUAAGCAGUUCAAACCGAUCCACCUGACCGACACACUGGGCAUGCUCUCCCACAUCCUGGAGAUGGACCACUUCGCCCUGGUGGUCCAUGAGCAGAUCCAAUCACGAGACCAGGCCUGGUCAGGAGUGGUGGGGGGGCCCACAGACCGCAGCAAUGGCAUAUCCAGCAAGCAGCAGAUGGUGUUUGGGGUUGUCACUGCCAUUGACCUGCUAAACUUCGUGACAGCCCGUGAGCGGACCCAGAAAUAGAGCCCGGAAGUCAGGACUGGCUUCCAUCCUCCCUGCUGGGGCUUCUUGGCUUUCAGAGACACCUACCAGCUUCCAUGACCAAGUCCAGCAGGUGGCUGCUGAGGCCAGCACCUUCCCCUCCUAACACCCAGUUCCCUAAAUGAAUCUUCUAUGUCCGAGUAGCUUACAUGGGCUUUCCUCUGGUGUCACAGAACUGAAGAAUGUCAGCCAGGAAAGAUGAACACAGACUACAGUAACUACUAGACUCAGGGUGCCCAGAAUAGCGUCCUCUCCAGAGAGGGCUCCGGCAUGGGAAAGGGCAAACUUUGGACUGACUGUGUGCUUGGACUGACUGUGUGCUCAUCCUCAGGGGCGGUGCUGGCCCCAGCAUGGGAGCUUGUGGGUUUUAAAUGAAGGUGCGUUCCUGUGACCUGAGACCCACGGCUGUGAAGUAAACAUGGUGCCUGCACAAAGUGUCACCACCUGGGUCAUGACCCUGCUUAACAAUUCCUCCUCUCAUCCCCCUCCUUCCCUGACCUACUGUCUCGAUGGAUCUCCCUGUUCUGGACUCUUCCUAUAAAUGGAAUCA